UACACUGAUCUCGAGGUUUUUCAUUCAACUCCGGGGUGCGGUUAUGGACGAUGAUGUCGCCAUCUAUGCCACCAAUCACCACCUUGAAAUGAGCCAUCAACGGGACAACUCACAACCUCAUUUUCAAUUGAGUAGAGUCGGCAUUGGUAGUAUCGUACGAUAUACUCAGCAAGUCGAACAUGAACACCAUCCCAUCGAUACCCUUUACCUGGACAAUGACGACAAAGUGAUACGACACGAUUACCCGUCUCAUGGUACCAAAAAUUCUGUCAAGCUACAGGAGCUAAGAAGGAUGAGGGCUGGAAGGGUAACUCCUCGUUACUGA